CAAGCGGUCGAUGGCAUUAACAGCAGACUCAUUACCGGACUGCUGCAGACGAGUCGGUUACACGGCCUACUGUUGUUGGAUAUCUACCUUAGGACUGGUCCAAAACCUGCGAUAAUGCCGACAAUAAAACUGCAGAGCUCCGAUGGGGAGAUCUUCGAGGUUGAUGUGGAGAUCGCCAAACAGUCUGUCACGAUCAAGACCAUGUUGGAAGAUUUGGGAAUGGACGACGAAGGUGACGAUGACCCAGUGCCCCUUCCUAAUGUGAACGCUGCCAUCCUCAAAAAGGUGAUUCAGUGGUGCACCCAUCACAAGGACGACCCCCCUCCCCCCGAGGACGACGAGAACAAGGAGAAGAGGACAGAUGACAUCCCCGUGUGGGACCAGGAGUUCCUCAAAGUCGACCAAGGCACCCUGUUUGAGCUCAUUCUGGCUGCUAACUAUCUGGACAUCAAAGGCCUCCUAGAUGUCACCUGCAAGACGGUGGCCAACAUGAUCAAAGGCAAAACCCCAGAGGAAAUCAGGAAGACGUUCAACAUCAAAAAUGACUUCACAGAAGAGGAAGAAGCCCAGGUACGCAAAGAGAACCAGUGGUGUGAAGAGAAGUAGGAACAGGAGGGAUCCUGGCAACACUACCACACUGAAACUAAACGGCUUCUUCAAGUUAUCUGGUUGCACUGGCGUUGUUCAUACUUGUUAAUAUUUCCACUUAGUAUAUUUAGUGGCCUCUGAGGCAUCCCCUUCCUGCCCCCCUUUGCAUUCCCUUUACCCAUAGCAUGGACUUUUAACUUCCUUGUGUGGUGCAAAAGGCCUUUUAUUUAAAAGACGACUGCUUUUGUUUUACCCCUGUUCUGAGUUUUGCACCAUGAUUUGCUUUCUGUGUAUUCAGAUCACACCUACUGUUUGGUUCCAUCUUGUCGUUUAGCUAUUCAGAUUUUUUUUUAACAGGACAUUAAAACGUUUUCCACUGAUGAAAUAAAAUGGUGUAAUUUUGGGACUCCGGAAAAUUGAAUGUUCAACUGAGUUUGUUUACACCAUCCCCCUUUCUCGAUUUGCGCGCGCGUGUGUAUGUGUGUAUGCAUGGUUCAGGCUUGUAUCAGCAUGGCUGAGCAUUCGAGGAAAUGGUCAGAGGUCUGAGUGGGAGAAAAAGUGCAUAAUGUGGACUAGUCCUUGGAAAUCUAAAUGUGUGUUGUGCGACAUUUGGUAAUUCCCAUUCCUAUUCGUACUGCGUUGAGUAGGGAGUUUCUGAUCCACGGUUGUAUUUAGAAUUAUCGACCAUGUAAUAAAUGAUUAUGAAAUCAACUGUCAUGUG